GCGUCAUUGGUUCAAAAUGGCGGCGUUCUGAAUAUAAUAGAAGCAGUACGAAGAGAAUUGUGUGGUGUUCUUCGUUCACAAGGGUGAAAUGGAUGACUUCAGGCAGGUGUAUGUUCGUCUCUGCAAGGACAACCAUGUAGAAGCCCAGGACUGUAUUGUUGAGAAACUGAAAAGUUUGACUCAUGCAGGCAGUAAGGGGCGGACAACUCUUGAUCUCUCUACCAAUAGUCUUACUCCUAAGUCCUGUGCUGUCCUGGGAAAAGUCAUUGCACCUGACAGGACAUUUACUGAGUACAAGUUUGCUGACUGUAUGCUCAGUGAGGAUGCUCUCAAGGGUCUGUCGCAGGGAUUCAUCCACAAUUCCUACUGUAAAAAGCUGGAUCUGAAGGGAAACAACAUUCGAGGUGCGGGAACAGAAGCACUGGGGAAGCUACUCCGACAGAACCAUUCCAUUGUCAGCUUGUGUCUGGAGUGGAAUGCUAUGGGUAUGUUGGACAUGGCAUUUGCUGUGUUCUGUGAUGGGGUGGGCUCCAGCUCUUCCCUCCAGGCUCUCGACCUCCGCAACAACCAGAUCAACCAUGAAGGGGCGUCCGAGCUGGCAGCUAACCUCAAACGCAAUACAACUCUCAGGGCACUAGAUCUUCGGUGGAACAAUAUUGGUUUGUUGGGAGGACGAGCUCUCAUUGAGAUGCUGAAAUCUAACAAAACUUUAUCCCGUCUGGAACUGGCUGGCAACAAUAUCCCCUCGGACAUCCUCAAGUCUAUAGAAACUGCUGUGGACAACAAUGCUGACCGUCAGCUUCUGACACAGAGUCAUCGGAAACAGACUCACAGUCUGUCAAAACACAUCAGUCAGCUGGAGCAUGACAAACACAUCCAGAUCGGGGACCUGAUGGACACGCUGGACAAGCAGGAGGACCUCCUCCGCAAGUCCAAGCGAACUGCAUCCCACAGAGUGAAUUCUCUUCAAGAUGCUCUCGAAGACAGGAAAGGGGCUUUCAACUCACUAGCAGCAAAAUUGUCCAUGACUGAGUCUGAGCUGGUUCUGGCUGAGCAGAAGGUCACCGACUGCAAUCUUGUCAUCAACAGACUGAAGAAUGAUCUGUCGGAGAGGGCAGCUGCCCAAGUGUCAGAGAUGCGACAUGAGAGGGAGGACCGAGCCAAUGAGGAGAUGAAGCUGCUGAAGGAACUCUCUGAGAGUAACGACAAGAACAUCCAGCUGCAGACCAAGGUGGAUGACCUUGACCGGAAGUGUCGGAAUCAGCAGGAGCAGGUGUUUGAACUGAAGGAGCAGAUAACCCACCUCCAGGCUGAGCUGAAGCUGAAGGGCACACAGUUUGAUGAGCGUCUACAACAGGAGCGGCAGAGACAGAAGGAUGCUGUGAGGGACAUGGAGCAGUACAAGCAGAAAGAGAUCAUGCGGACGAAGCAGGAGGGGGAUGACGUGGAGAAGGCCCUGAGAGAGAGGAUCCAGAAGUUGGAGGAGCAGCGGAUGGGCCUGGAGGAAGAGGCCAGUCGCCUGAAGACAGCAAACAUGGCCGACCGCAUGACAGCCGAGGAGCAGCUCACACACACCAAACAGAGGAUCAAGGCAGAGGAGGAGCAGCGUCAGAAGCAGCUGGAGGAGAAGAUACGUGUUCUGCAGACAUCCAAGGACGAGCUGAAGAGUCACUGUAACCAACAGGCCUCGCUGGUGUCGGAGCUGCAGUGCAAGAACUCCAACCUGACGCUGGAGCUGGAGACGCUCAAGAGGAGGUUGGAGGAGAUGGGACAGGAGCUAGCUGAGAAGAACAACAUCACCUUUGCAGAAGUGAGCAAGGUGAAGAUGGAUCUGAACAGUUCCGUCAACAAGCUGGAAGAGGAGCGCCAUCUUCAUAACACCCUGCGAGACAAGCUUAGUCAGACAGACAGGCAGCUGUCAGAGCAAAUGUUGAAGAACCGAGAGCAGCUGGAGCACAAGGAGCGUGAGAUAGUGAGUCUGGAGGAGCGACUGCGAGCCCGAGAUAUGGAUAUCGCUCGCAUCAAGGAAGAGGAGGUGCAGAGGGCACACAUGCUGCAGUCGGCCAUCAUGAACUAUGUGUCCAAGACACCAUACUCCUCCCCAACAAAGUGAUCUUAACUCUGUCUCCUGUCUAUCGUGAUAUUUUCUGCCUGAAACCUUGAUGUAUAAACAGGAGUACACGCUACAAGUUAAACCCUGCAGGUCUACAGCUUGUUCUGGCUAUGUAACAUGGAGAGAAAACGAGGUCCUUCAAGAUUUACACUAGUCUCAGGACAAGUGGAUUGUGUCUGUCUUACCUCAGUCUGUAUUUGACUCAGUUAUCCAAGGUGCCGCAAUUUGGUGUUCAGAGUUCCGUCCCUUAGGCAAGCCAGAAACAUAUGACUGUGGGUUCGCAUCCCAGAUUCAAAUUCAUUAUGUUUCUAGAUUUGUCUAAGACCUGCAUCACUUCAGGCUUUCCUCCUACACCAAGCUGACACACCUUGAUAUAACUUUUCAAAGCGAUGUUUUACCAAUGUCACUCGCUCAUUAGACUAAAUGUUAGAGUGGGACUGACCCUGAAGCCGGUUAAAACAGCAUGAGACAAUAUGAACAAGUUAUUUCAGUGUAUUGGUAGGUGUAAGAGGACCUCUCAUUUGUCCAAACUAUAGAAUUUAAAUGUGUUGAAUUAUUGGUAGAAGCCAGAUUCUCUCAGUGUCGUAUAUGUAUAUUCCUUGUUGAAUCAGGAUGUCUACCUUAGCUAAUUAGUUUGUAUUUCAUUAGUCUAUGCAAGCUUGACAGCCAAAUAAGUAACUCAUGGGUGCUAUCUGCACUGCCGUACAUGACUGUAGAGACGUGAAAGGAAGAGAGAGUGUGUACAAAGGUCAAUUCAGGACGACAGUGAUACAGAUUAAUAGUCUGAUUUGCUGAAAAACAGGACUGUGCAGUCUUGCAUCAAAAGGAAAAGAAGAACACUAUGAGGUUAACAUGAUGAUUUAAGAUAAGAAAAGUGUUCUUGUGUAGAUGUUGUGUUUGCCAAAAACAGAUAUUAAUAGUAUUAUAAAACUGUUGCAAAGUAGUGUCCACUAAAUGGUUCUCAGUGAAAAGUGGGAGAUAUCAAAGACACAUCUCUCUGGCAUGUAAGAAUCCUAUGAUUUUGAGUUCAGAUCACAUUGUUUCUUGGUUUGUGUGCAUAUCUGUGCUUGUGAGUUUCACCAAAUGUAUCAGAGCUGUAUCUCUUCGGGAUUUACUCACUCGUUAUACUUGCAACUGAAAUAAGGAGCAUACACUCACUGAAGUAUGCUGCAGAAAAAUCAUUGAUUCUUAGGAUAUGUAUAUCACCUUUUCUUAUUUCAUACACAUCACCUCCGAUUAAUGGGAUCAUGAUGCAUCGCAUAUCAGGGCUUAGGUAAACAUCUUUAUCUGAGCUGUUGAAACCAAAUUAAUUCACCACUGGCCAUAAGAUUGUGAGUUCUGUAAUACUUCAUGUUACUGAUGCACAGUGAUUUCUGAUGAGAUUAUGUGUAUUGAUGUGUCCAUGGUUAUUUAUGUAAGUAACAUCUGUGUGAGAUUAUGUCAGAUGCAAUUCUUUCAUUUGAGCUGUCACAAUCAUUUCUAAAACAGUUGACCCAUAGGCUUGUCGUAAGAGGUGACUAAAUGGAUCAGGUGCUCCAGCUUGGUGGGAUGCCUGUCAUUGUAUCCCACUUGCUGCUGACUGUCUGGUGUGGACUUGAUGUACACAGUGCAGUGUUAAACAGACAAACAACAUUACACAUGUUUUUUACUCCUGUUGCCGCCAGUCACUGUCAUGGUCUGAAAUGUAAGAAAUAUGUCAGCACUUUGAUAACUUUACAAGGCCAUUACAAGAUUUUGAUCCAGACAAAAUUAUUCACCAAGUGUGCUAUCCCACUCCCAUUUGUGAUUGAACAAUAAUCUUAUCAUGUGCUUAUCAUCGUCUUCAUGUCAAUCACUGGAUUGUCUGGUCCACACCUGCUAGAAUAGUGUGUGCAGCGUUAACAAGUUUCUAUAACAUUAUAUGCUAUGACCCCAGUGAAGAUUCCGGGUUAGAAUAGGUCCUCAACAAUGUAUGCAUGGUGCGGAAUGUUGCCCACAAUAUCAAUCACUGUAUUUUCUGGAACAGACUUGAUUAUUUACAUGUUACAGAACGAUAUCAUAGCUGGAAUAUUGCUGAGUGUGUUGUUAAACAACAAACUUCUGUUAUGGCUGUUUAGCAGUGUAAAAAAACAUUACAGGCGAGUUAACAGACCGUAUUUAAGGUUUGAAAUUGUGUUCGCAAGUGAUAAUACUACCUAACCUAUUAGACAUAGACUGCAUGCUAACUGACAUGUAGAAAAUAUUAAUGUCUUCAUACACGAACUAGAACACUUUCUGUGAUAAAAUAUUUAUUUUUAAAUUUAAUAUUGUUAUUAUAUCACUAUUACAUUAAAAUAUGCAAAGUA